AUGCUCACUAUCAAGAAAGGAAACCAGACAAUGAUGUCUGAAUUCAUCCUUCUGGGAUUUGCAACUCUCCCUGAGUUUCAGCCUCUUUUUUUCCUUUUCUUCUUGAUAAUAUAUCUUGCAACAAUAACUGGAAAUCUCCUCAUUAUAUUCUUAGUGAUAUCUGACCAUCAUCUUCACUCCCCCAUGUACUUUUUCCUGGGGAAUCUGUCCUGCCUAGAGACCUGUUAUAGUUCAAUCAUUUUACCAAAAAUGUUGGCCAAUUUGUUUACUGGUCAACAGUCCAUUUCUUUUACUGGAUGCACGAUCCAAUUCUAUUUCUUUAGUUCUUGUGCUGGUACAGAGACUUACCUCCUGGCUGUCAUGUCCUAUGACCGAUAUCUGGCAAUAUGUAGACCUCUGCAUUAUACUUCCAUCAUGCAUGGAAAUAUAGGUGUCCAGAUCAUGAUGGGAUUGUGGAUUACUUCUUUUCUAGCUGGUUGCCUAACAGUAUCUCUUUUGGCUCAGUUAUCAUUCUGUGGCUCCAAUGUCAUAAAUCACUACUUUUGUGAUUUGAUUCCACUUGAAAAACUUUCAUGUAGUGACACAAAUCAGAUUGAAUUUGUAACCCUUUGCAUUAGUUUCAUUUUCAUUGUCAUCCCAUUUGUAUUAACACUAAUAUCCUAUAUUUGCAUCAUUGUCACAAUUCUAAAAAUAUCUUCUGUUACCGGAAGGCAAAAGGCCUUUUCAACCUGUUCUUCUCAUCUCAUGGUAGUUUGUCUUUUUUAUGGUACAUUAAUAAUUGUUUACAUUUUGCCAGAUACACCCAGUUUGAGGGAACUGAAUAAAGUUUUUUCCAUUUUCUAUACUGUCUUGACUCCUCUGAUCAACCCUUUAAUCUACAGUUUAAGAAACCAAGAAGUCCACAAGGCCCCUAAUGCGAAUUAA